AUGUCUCAGUAUUCACCUGAUCAAUUAUUUUUUUCUGAUGAAUCAGCUUAUGAUAGGAGAACUUUAUCACGCUGCGGACAGAGAUUUACAAUUGAAGGUGUAUUGUGUGUAAAUGGUCUAUUAGCAUAUGGCAUUCAAGAAGGAUCGAUGAAAUCUGAUGAUUAUGAAUAUUUUAUUGAAAAUAUUUUGAUAU